CUCUCUCUCUCUCACACACACACACACUCUUUCUCCCUCUCAUUUCCUCUCUCAGUCCAUCCCCUUCCUCUCCUGUUCCUACUAGGUUUUUAUCCCCCUCUGCCACGGCGACGUGUCCGCUGUCUGCAACCCUUUUCCCGGGUGGGGGCUGAGGAUACAGCAAUGUCCCUCCUUCCCGUGCUGCUGCUGUUGGUGCUGCUGUUCGGCAGCGGGGACCAUCGCACCGCGCUCCCGGAGCCCUCCCUGAGGGAGCCCUACAACCUCCUGUUCUCCAGCGGCCUCCAGCAUUACCACCAGGGGGAUUGGGAACAGGCGGCCGGGCUGCUGCAGCGCUCGCUGCUCAGUCGCUCGGCCCUGCGCCGCCUGCUAGCCCACUGCCGCCGCCUGUGUCGGGAGCGGGGAUCCGAGGUGGGAGAAGGUUUCUUUGCCCGGGUCCUGGGCACAGCCACCUGCCUGGACAGCUGCCUGCGCUUCCCGAGCACCCGGCCGCGGGUCAGCGGGCAGGUCCGCGACGCCUUCCGUAGCCGAGCAGCCUACAACUAUCUGCAGCUCUCCUACUACAAGCUCGGGGAGUUGCCGAAGGCUGCUGCAGCUGCUCAGACAUUUUUUGAAGCGAAUCCAGAUCACAAGGAGAUGAGGGAGAACAUCGCGACGUACCGCAAGAUGGAGGGUGUAAAACCGGAGCAUUUCCAAGAUCUCGAGGCACAGCCUCACUGGGUGGCCUAUGACGAGGGCCUGAGAUUAUACGAGGAGGAGAGGUUUGAGGAUGCCAUCCCUCAGCUGGAGGAGGUGCCCAGGGAGUUCCUCUCUGCCCUCGAGGAGUGCCAGGCUGAGUGCGAGGGGCCUUAUGAUCCAGAGGAGUACAGCUACCUCACGUAUCAGAGCCACCUCUAUGAGGCUAUCAGCGAUCACAAUCUGCAGGUGCUGACCUGUGCCCAGGAGUGCGUGGGGGAGCUGAGCAAUAAACCAGGUCAUAGCGAGUCCCGCACGAACUUCCUGCCCUCCGUUUUCUACCUCCUGCAGGAGGCCUAUCACAAGGUCGGCAAUUAUCAGAAGGCAGUGGAGUGUAUCCAAACGUUCCUGCUGUUCCAGCCCACAGACCGCUCGGCCCUUCAUAACCGAGCCUUCUACCAGUCCAGGCUGCCAGCCAAUCAGGGCACAGACAUCCCACCUCGAGAGGAGAUUAAAAGUUACAUUGAGGAGUCCCUCUUGCAGAAGGAGAUGUUGUACCUCGCGAUGGAGUCUCUGGGGCAUCACUUCAUCGAUCCGGAUUCCUGGACGCCUCAUGAACUCAUCCCACAGUCAAUUCAGAGCAACACCAGGAAAGAGAACAAGAGCGUCCAUCACCCGCCCAAGGCCACAGAGAGGGGCCCGGACAGACAACGGAAAUCCAAGAUGGGGCAGGAAGACACCCUGGACAAGCUAAGAGCCUCCGCCCUGUCUCUGGCCAACCUGAAGCUGGUGAUGGAUGGAGUCCGCCUCCGAGGCACGGACCGGUUGGUCUUUGAUGGCGCCCUCGCCCGCCAGGAGUGUGCCACCCUGCGGAACGUUGCCCACACUGUGGCGGCACUGGAAGAGGAGAGCCCCAGAGAUUCCUCGGCUGGUCCCCGGAGCGCCAACCUUGAGGAGCUUAGCAUCCAGCAAGCUCUGACGCUCGCCCACGACUCCCUCCUUGACCCCCCUGCCGCCCGCUUGUAUUACGAUGCCAGCGCACGAGUGCGACGUAUCACGCAGCAACUCUUUGACACACUUCCUCUUCAACCGUCCAUCUCCAACUUAUCCUGUCGGGGUCCAGUGACAGGAGAUCAGGCGGCCGGUGAGGAUGCGGUGUCGAGGGACCCAUGCCACUGGGAGCCGGAAGGGUUACGGUGUUGGAGGGAGUCGCUCCCAGCAUUGACCGGUGACUACAGGGCCUUUCUCUAUCUCAAUGAUGAAUUUGAAGGAGGGGAAUUUUACUUUGCAGAUCGUGGAGGCAAGAGAGUUUCAGAGGAGAUCUCCCCAAAGUGUGGCCGACUGGUCGUGUUCCUGUCUGGACAAGAGAAUGCGCACUCUGUCCGCCCGGUGACAGAAGGGCAGCGCUGUGCCCUCACCUUCAGUUUCACUGAGAAAACCCAACAUGAACAGGAGGUGAAUCCCAGUGUGGACAGUUUACUGGAGUUGCUGUACCCGGCAUCCUCCACCCUUGGUGAGCCUGAACAGGCACCGGGCCCUGCACUCCAUGACCGGGAGUCCCCUGAGCAGCGGGAGAGAGCCCACACGCAGACGCGACAAGCCCGGGACGGGAGGCAGCGGCAGUACAAGAGACCCCGGCCCACGGCAGGGGCAGAGAGUCCUGCUCUCAGGGACGAGCUCUGAGUCUGGAUUGGAGGGUGCGUGUGUGUGGCGUGU